AGUAGUAGGUCGUGGUCGAAAGCACGGUCGCGCACACGCGCACACACGGUCGUGGGUGCGGCUGCGGUUGGCUUGGGAUAGGAUAGGCUGAUAGGUGUACAGAGACGACGCUUUGUCUUGUGAACUCCUUACCUCAUCCUCAUCUAUUUACCAGCCUCCGUAUGACGUAAUCAUAGCACGGUAGUUCGUCAAACGGUGAUUAUAUAGCUAAUUAAGGUGAGGAACACAGUUGUGUAGAGGUUGUUGCGCUAUCGGCGCAGCUGCAAGGACACUAGUAACAUUGGAAUGGGCGACAAGGAGUGCUUGUAGAAAGAGCUCUAUCGUUGGGGCAGUAAUGACUGCGGUCAUUGACUGCACCCCUCGGGUACCCGAAGAUAGCGCCUCUUCCACUUCGCAAGAACGCCAUGUAAAAGCCGAAGAACCGGUCUUGAGCAAACUUCCAGGUGAGGGACUUGUGACCCAGUAUGUCAGUUGUCAGUCUGAUGUACCUAACAACGUCCCUCAAAUUAAGGAACAACCGGACGAUUCCAGCUCACACCCUAUAAACGGGGGUGACUGCUGCAUGCCACUAAGCUCCCGCAGCUCCGAGGCUUUUGACCAGCGUGAGCUCCUUGUUCCAAAUGACCCGAAAACGCGGGCCACGCCAGGCCCCGGUGACACCGCCUCUCUGCAGGAAGAGAACCGCCCCGAACGAGGAUGCAGUGAAGAGCCUGUGCCACCAUCUCAGCAACCUCAUCCGCGAGUGGAACAGCCUAAGCGUUCGUGCGAUAAACCAUUCGAGUGCAAAGUGUGUCCUGCUGCGUUUGGCCGGUACGACACCCUCAGACGUCACAUGAGGAUUCACGCCGUCGGAACUCCGCACGAGUGCCAUCUUUGCCCCGCCGCGUUCGUCGUGCCCAACAUGCUCAGACGUCACAUGCGUACGCACGCGCUCGAGAGGCCCUACGCGUGCGAUCUGUGUCCCUCCCGGUUCAUCGAGCCCGCCAAACUGAAACGCCACACCCGUAUCCAUACGGGAGAAAGGCCGUACGGGUGCGAACUUUGCCCCGCAGCUUUUACGGAGCCUUUCAACCUCAAGCGUCACAUGCGCACGCAUACGGGGGAAAAGCCGUACAAGUGCGCGCUCUGUGCCGCGGCGUUUUCUGAGGCCCAGAGCCUUGAACGUCACAUGCGCGGACACGACGGCGUCAAGCCUCACAAGUGCGAGGUCUGCUCUGCUGCAUUCAGCCAGCUGAGCAUCCUCAAACGGCACAUGCACAGACAUACGGGUGAAAAGCCGCACAAGUGUGCCUCGUGUCCCGCGGCUUUUGUCGAACCUUUCAAACUGAAGCUUCACAGCCGUCGACACCACUUGGAAUCACCGCAUGCAGUGAUGGGCAAAGUACCCCAAAAUUGUACUUAAAGGAAAGUACGAGGUACUUGGCAUUGGUGGUACUUGAAGUGCAGUACAAAGUACUGGGAAGAGUACGUUGCAGCAUUUGCAUAGCACUACCAUUUGGUGCUGACAGUUUGGUAAAGUGAUCGUGUUUUGGUUGGCACAAUGCCAAUGUAAGCAUUUUUUUUGCAUACGCUAGCAGUGCUGGUUAGUGCUUACUUGUGAAUAACAGACGGCAUAAUUUCCGUUGA